AUGUUUUGGCGUUUCGGAGGAUAUGCAAGUAUCUCCGCCAUUGAUACCCUGCUAGACAAGCCCGAUGUCACCCUUGAAGAGCUGUUGGAUGAGUCUGAGCUCAUCCAAGAGCUCAAACAAAAUAAUACGAAGCUCAUAGAAUUCUUACGAGAAGAUAAUGUUCUAAAACGACUCAUGGAUUAUGUUACUGCGCCUAGUCUGGUGAACGAAGAUGACGAAGAUGACGAUCACGAGAACAAUGCGCAGACGAACAAAGAUGAUGCAACGGAAGAGGCCAAGGGGGGAGACCCCCUUAAGGAUAUUCUGGACCCCGAAGACCUGGAGCGGGCGGAGAAGGAUCGCAUGAAGCGAGCCUACGUCGCAUGCGAAAUUCUAUCAUCGGAGAUAUGGUCGAUCGUGGAGUCUAUUCUGCUCAAUCCUGACAACUUACGAGAUUUCUGGGGGUUUUUGCGGCGCACGCCACCUUUGGACUCUGCCCAGGCGAGUUACUUUACGAAAGUGAAUGAAACCCUAUUCGACAAGAAAACCAGUGAAAUGCUGGAGCUAUUCAAGUCAAUGGAGGGGAUUGUACCGGCAAUCUUGCAGCACGUGGACAACCCUAUGGUCAUGGACCUCCUACUCAAAAUCAUAAGCUUGGAGAAGGUCGAAGGUGGCCAUGGCAUUGUUGAUUGGUUGAAAACCCAAAACCUUAUACCCACGCUCCUCUCAUUCCUAUCCCCGGAUCACCCUGCCUCAGUGCAAACAUCAGCCGGGGACUUUCUCAAAGCUAUUAUCACUAUAUCCGCAAACGCAACCCAGAAUGACCAAUCCUGCAUUGGCCCUAACAGCCUCACCCGUCAGUUGGUCUCCAUGCCAUGUGUGGAAAGUCUAAUCAAGGCCAUGCUACAAGGUGGAAAUCCCUUGACAGUUGGUGUUGGCAUCGUCAUUGAAGUGAUCCGGAAGAACAACUCCGACUACGAUCCUGAGAACAUCAAUGGUCCGGACUCGCUCCCAACAACAUACGAUCCGAUCUACCUCGGAAAUCUGCUUCGGCUUUUUGCCAAACACAUACCUGACUUCAUGGCGCUGAUUCAAAGCUCCAAACACACUCUCAACUCAGCAUGGGGUGCCAAGAUCGAGCCUCUGGGCUUUGACAGAUUCAAGACAUGCGAAUUGAUGGCCGAACUGCUACAUUGCAGUAACAUGGGCCUCUUGAAUGAGCCUGGUAGUGACGAUUACGUACGGCAGCGUGAUGCUGAGCGAGAGAGGCUGAUGCGCGAGGGCGUCUUCAAUCCGCAUCGCGAAGAAACAUCGGCAUUUGAUGGGAAUGAUUCUACGGUGGAUUUUGUCAAUGGAUCCGUCAUUGGCUACGGCUCCCCUGAGGGCUCUAGGGUGCUUGAGGUUGCAAAUACGGGCGAGGAAAGCUUCGAGGACGUCAGCGCAUCCGGAGUUCUUGUCGACAAGGAAAAGGAUGCUGAAGUUAAGGACACCAGCAGCCCCGAGACUAAGGCGGAGUCCGCAGCUUCCUCGCAGCAGGCCCCGACAGAGACUGCCGAAAAUGCGUCAAAUGGCACGUCGGAGGACGGCUCAGACAAUGAAAACCCUGCGAGUCAGGCUCGAGCACAAACGCCUCCUUCCGAUCCUGUGUCAGCUACUGCGUCAGGAAUAGCAGAAGUCAGCCUGGGCGGUGGACAGACUACCAAGGAAAGCCAACCAGCUGCAGAAGCGGCUUCCAACGGUAUAGAGGAACAGACCACAGCGUCUUCUCACGCCGGAACGGAGUCGGCUCCUCUUGUAGACCAACAAAAUAAUCAACAGAGCUCCUUGACGCCUGAUACUGCUGGCCAGGUCGGCGAUGCUUCAAGCUCAGCCCCACCCGCUUCCGAAUCGGCAUACGCCCAGCCAAACGAUGGUGAUGUACCUCGACAGUUGCAUCCAGACGUUCAGAUUGAUUCUAAUGGUCAACCCGUCGUUGGUGACUAUCUUAAGAUCAUGUUCGUUGAGAAUCGGGUAGUACCGACUAUCUUGGACUUCUUUUUCCGAUUCCCGUGGAACAACUUCCUUCACAACGUCGUCUAUGAUGUUGUCCAACAAGUGUUCAACGGUCCCAUGGACCGCGGCUACAAUCGUCUGCUGGCCAUUGACGUUUUUGAGACCGGCCGCAUCACCCAGAGCAUUGUGGAAGGCCAAAAGCGAAGUGAUGAGGCGCAGCGAACCAAACAGAUCCGAUUAGGAUAUAUGGGCCACUUGACCUUGAUUGCCGAAGAGGUUGUCAAGUUUAGCGAACGGCACCCGCCCGAGUUGCUUUCCCCUACAGUCAUGGAGAAUGUGCUGAAUCCGGAGUGGAUAGACUAUGUUGAACAAACGCUUUCUGAAACCAGGGAGCGUGACAACGCCAUUCUUGGCGGGGUGCGCCCUGACAUGUCGAUUGGACAUCGCCAAGGCAUGCUCAAUUCUGGCCAGAGCGCGAACACAUCAUCGGCGCUUGCUGAAGCUGGCUUGAAUGGCUCGGUGGGAGGCUCCGGGUUCCAGGGCUUUGACAUGAUGAACCAAGGAAGUGUUUCUGGCGGAGCUUUCGGGCUAAACAGCGGGAAUUCCCUACUCAGCGGAUUCGCUAGUUCCAGUGAUGACGAUGAGGACGAAGAAAUGGAAGAUCAAGAUGAUCGGAAUCUUGCUGAGCCUUCCGCUGAAGGCGGCUCUGACAAUGUGGGUCAUCACCUUUUCACUGAUGCCUCUACCAACUCUACCAGCCAGCCAAUCCCGAUCCUCCCCCCACCUCCAGCACCGUUGAGUCAAGGUCCGUCUCGCGCACGCCGGCAGCUAGCAGCCCGACUGGCUGCCCAUAAACAACAGGCCGCCGAGAAUUUCGAGGGUGGUGAAGAUUCAAGUAAUAAUCAGCCAAGCGAACAUGAUAUGCAAUGGCCCACCAAUCCAUUCGUGAUUGCCGGCUUGGACGAGGAUGCCGAUGGCUCCAACUCACCUGCCAGUGCUGCCUUCCCCUCAACUGAUUUCCCCCCUGCUAGCAAGGAUGAACCCUUCUCAUCGCCUACAUUCCCGGACUCUGGAUUCAGCCCCCCCGACUCGUUCUCGACCAACUCCUCCGACGAGGAAGGAGUAGGUAGAUCGGAGGGCACGAGACGUAAGGAACGGGUUCCCCUGGAGGUUGAUGAGGAGGACGACAUGGGGGAGAUGGUAGGGCCUUCGCUUGGGUCGGGCAUGAUGGACUCGGACGAAGAGGAUGAGGCCAUCAUGAAUGAAUCCCUGGGAUAUCCGGAUAUCGCCUCGGGACGUUACAGAAGCUUCGGUCGAUCUCGGAUGGGUGCCUCACCAUUUGGCGAUGAUGAAGACGACAGUAGUGAUGGGGAGGAUGACGGUUUAGUCGAGAUUCUCGUCCCUGGGAGGAAGGCUUCCACUUCGUCCACAUCAUCCCAUUAG